GGGGACUUUGUCGGACUUUGGGACUUGCCAUUCGAGGCCACCUGUCCGUUUGUACGGGCGUCCCAUCUCUGCAACCCUGACUCCAAAAUCAUCGAGGAAUAGAUUUGCCUUAGAGGCAGUUUUCCAGGCGAGAUGCCAUCAAAGAAGAAGCAAGAGGUGGAAACACCUGAGCCCGACGAAGCUGAGAACUCAGCUUCAGAAAGCGAGCCAGAGACAAAGAAGCCGGUUAAGAAGAGCGCCUUUGCGAUGAUGAUGGACUCUGAUGACGAUGAUGAGGAUGAGGAGGAAAAGUCCUCGCCUUCACCAAAGAAAUCUGAGUCUGGGAAGAAGAAAAAGGAGGACGUAAGCGAGGAAAUAGCAAUGUUCGGCGAGAAGAAGAAAAAGAAGAAGAAAGAAGCUACAGAUGAGAAGGAAGAAAAGGAUGGAAAGAAAGAAAAGAAAGACAAAAAAGAGAAGAAAGAGGGCAAGGAGAAGAAGAAGCGUGGCCCAACAGUCUGCGAGGUAACAGAAGUCUCUGCGGUCCCCAAAAAAGACAAGCUGAAACUCUGUAAGGUUGCGAUUAUCGUGGGAAUGGAUCCUGUGGAGAUUGUCACAUCCGCACCCAAUGUGACAGCUGGGCACAAGUUCAUUGCUGCACCACCUGGCUACACUACAGCAAAUGGAAUCGAGGUGAAGGUCGCCAAAGUUGGUGGUAUUGAGAGUGCAGGAAUGUUUUGUGGCCCGAAGGAGAUGGGUUGGGAUACCGACAUCCUUGAUGGUGACUUGGCCAUCAUGCUUGCAGAUUCUGCUGAAGUUGGCAGCCCAGCACCUCCCUAUGAGGAAGCCGUGGCAGCAUUCCAGCAACGAGAGAAGGAAGCCAAGCAAAAGCAAGAGGAGGAGGCAAAAGCAGCAGCCGCAGCAAGUGCAAAGGAUGAUAAGAAGGGAAAGAAGAAGAAAGGCAAGGCUGCAAAAGAAGCGGAUGAGGACCUGGAUGAGCUCCUGGCAGAAUUCAAGGAAGAUGCUCCUGCAGAACCCGCAGAAAAACCUCAAGAGGAGAGUGUCCCGACAGAGGCAGCCGGUGUGGCAGCCGGUGCAGGGGGCGCGGCAGGAAAGUCUGCAAGCCAGAAAAAGAAGGACAAGAAAAAAGGCAACAAAGGUACCACAGAUGCCGCAGACGACGACUUUGAUGCUGCACUGGAAGAGUACAAGCCUGAACCGGCAGAUGCGGCCCAACCAGAAGACCAAGACGAUAACAAAGCUGAAGAUGAGGGCCUCGAUGCCAAAACAUUGGCCAAUCGAAAGAAGAAAGAAAAGAAGAAGGCCAAGCAGCAAGAAAAGACUGGAGGUGAAGGCUUGUGGGCAACCGCUCCUGAAGAAGAGCAGGGUGAAAGCAAAGAGCCGGCAGCAGCCAGCUCGAGCAAAGAUGAGGCACCAGCCGCAGCAGCAAAAAAAGGAGCUAAAAAAGAAAGUGCGAUUGUGAAAGCGGCGCGCGAGCGUUUGGAACAAGAACAGAAGCUUGCUGAGGAGAAAAGAGCUUUUGAAGAAGCGGAGCGACAAAGAGUUGAAGAAGAACAGCGGCAGAUUGAAGAAGAAGAGAGGAAGAAGGAGGAGGAGAGACAAAGGAAGAGGGAUCACAAAGCUGCCAAGAUAGCAAAGCAGAAGGCCGAAGGGACAUACUUGACCAAAAAGCAGAAGGAGCAGGCCAAGCGUGCUGCACAACUCCGUGAACAGUUUGGGUACAACAUGGGAAAGGAUGAAGAUGAAGAGGCUGAAGAGGAAGCGGAAAAGCCACAGAAGAGACCAAUGGCGACGAAAAAGAAGAAGAGGCCUCAGCGCAUGCAGGAGACAGAGGAGACCGCUGAGAAGGAGACUGAGAAGCUAGAGGAAGAGACAAAGCCUGAGCCUGAGGUUGAGAAACCGACGCCAGUUGAGGAAACGAAGGAGGAAGAAGAUGAUGACGACGAUUGGGAGAAGAAGCUAGAGGAAGAAGCGGAAGAGAAGUCCCCCAAAGCGGCUGAAGCUGAAGCUGCAGAGUCAGACGAUGACAAAGACAGCGACAGCGAUAGCGACAGCGAUAGCAGCAGCAGCAGCAGCUCUUCGAUCACGCCUUUGCGUUCUCCGGUGAUUUGUAUCAUGGGGCACGUCGACACUGGAAAGACAAAGCUUCUUGACAAGAUCCGAAGAACAAACGUACAAGAGGGUGAAGCUGGUGGAAUCACGCAACAGAUUGGUGCAACCUUCUUCCCAGAUAUUGCCCUGCAAGAGCAGACGAAGAAGGUGGAUGAAGACUUUGACUUGGAGGUUCCUGGCGUCCUCAUCAUUGACACCCCUGGCCACGAGUCUUUCAACAACCUGCGUAUGCGUGGUUCCUCACUUGCUGACCUUGCCAUUCUGGUGAUUGACAUCAUGCAUGGCUUGGAGCCACAAACAGUUGAGUCGCUGGAGCUCCUGAAGAAGAGAAAAUGUCCCUUCAUCAUUGCCUUGAAUAAGAUUGACAUUCUGUACAAAUGGAACUCUAAGACUUACACAGGUAUUCAGGACGCUCUUGGCAGACAGGAAGACUCUGUGCGAGAGGAAUUCAGGACACGCUUCAACAAUGUGGUUCUUCAGCUCAACGAACGGGGUCUGAACUGCAACCUGUAUUGGGAGAAUCCAGACUACAGAACCGCUGUCUCCAUUGUGCCCACGAGUGCCCUCACUGGUGAAGGCGUCCCAGACUUGUUGUACAUGAUCUUGAAGUUGACACAGGACCUGAUGGUUGACAAGCUCGAAGUCAGAGAGGAGUUGGAGUGCACUGUCAUUGAGGUGAAGAACAUUGAGGGUUUAGGUACCACCAUUGAUGUGGUCCUGCUCAAUGGCACCCUAAAAGAAGGGGACACGAUUGUGCUGGCUGGCAUCGGAGGCCCCAUCGUUACAACCAUUCGUGCCCUGUUGACCCCGCAGCCUAUGAAAGAGAUGCGAGUGAAGAAUGAGUAUGUGCACCAUGCGCAGAUCAGCACGUCAAUGGGUGUGAAGAUUUCGGCCCCCGGCCUCGAAGAUGCUGUUGCUGGCACUGAAUUGCUUGUUCUUGGCCCUGAUGACGACCUUGAAGAACUCAAAGAGGAUGUGAGUGAAGGUUUUGAAAGCAUCCUGAAUGACUUUGAGAAAGAACCAGCUGGCGUUUACGUCAAGGCCAGCACUCUGGGCUCUUUGGAGGCUUUGCUCUCCUUUUUGCAGGACAUGAAGAUCCCAGUUUUCGAUGUUGGAAUCGGUGAAGUUCACAAAAGGGAUGUCAAGAAGGCUUGCAUCAUGAAGGAGAAGAAGCAUCCAGAAUAUGCCCUGAUCUUGGCAUUUGAUGUCAAGGUGAAUCAGGAAGCCCAGAAGCAGGCAGAUACUGAUGGGGUGACAAUUUUCACCGCGGACAUCAUCUACCACUUGCAGGACAAGUUCACAAAGUACAUGGAGAAGUUCCGAGAAUCACAGAAGACUGAGUCCAAAAAAGUGGCUGUGUUCCCUGUGGUGCUAUCGAUUGACAAACAGCACAUUUUCCGGAAGCAGGAUCCAAUCAUUCUAGGAUGUCAGGUGGUUGGUGGUCAGCUCCGGACUGGAACACCCAUAUGCAUCCCGGACAAACAAAAUCUGGUGAUCGGUCAUGUGGCUGGCAUUGAGAACAACAAGAAAACAGUACAACUGGCUCGCCGAGGUGACACUGUAUGUGUGAAGAUCGAACAGACUACAGCUCAAAAUCACAUCAUGUACGGACGGCACUUUGAUCACAACAACCAGUUAUACUCCCAGAUCAGCAGGCAGAGCAUUGAUACCUUGAAAGAACAUUUCAAGGAUGAGAUGAAAAAAGAAGACUGGGAGUUGAUCAUCGGGAUGAAGAAAGUCUUCGAGAUCCAGUGAGUGCAGGAGUGAAUUGCAGGUCUCAUUGAUCCUGAAACUUGUGGCUACUCAGACUUGGCAGGUGAAUAGUGGCAGGCUUCAGACCAACUCAACUUAGGACUUUACAAUACUUGAUAUAUGUACGUAGUAUUAUGAAUUAUGAUGUAUUCUGUAUUUGAACGUAUUCGGAUGUGCUUAGACAGCUUUGAAUCAUAGUGGAGAAAGAUGGAGACAGCAUGAAAAAGCCACAUAGUGGCGACGUUUUCUAUCACCAGGCUGUAAGACUUGCACGGCCUCAUACGACCUGUACAGAAGCGCCGUGAAGCGGUUGGUGAAACUA